GCUGGUGAUCUCGUCCAACACAACUUCAUAUCAUGUAGCAUGAAAUCCUCUAUUUAAUGUCUACUAUUUUGUUUGCCGAUCUGUCAACAGGAGAAGAGGAAAAUAUCUGUCGGUCCAAACAGCUGGUCUCCGAGGGAAAGAAGGCCCCCCACAAUAACUCUAUUUGGAUCCAGUGAGCCGACUAAACAUGCACGGUGCUGAGGGGAAGACGGAUUCAUUUUCCUCAAAAGGCUCGGGAGAGGAGAGGUGCAAAUCUCCACUUCCAGGAGGAAAGGAGCCGGCCUCUGACAGUCGGUACACGGAGCAUGGGUUCGGGCCGGAACGUUACUACGUUCCGCCCACUGCGCCCAAACCCAACAUGGACACAACUACGCCCUGCUCUUUCAUCCCUUACAGUCCCCGUGGGGGCAUCUACGCCCCGUCCAGCACCGCCAGGUACCCGACAUCUCUUCAUUUGGGUUCCGUGGGCUUCUCCCCAACCACGGGUUCGCGCGGUCACUUCAGCCCGGCCUACCAAAUCGGACAGAGCCCCGGCUGCCUGUACCCACCGUACAGCGGCACAGGCCCGGGUCUCGGCAGCGUCGCCAUCCCAGCGAGCGGGCCGACCACCAGGGCCCACGUCUAUCUUUGCAACCGCCCCCUGUGGCUUAAAUUCCACCGACAUCAAACCGAGAUGAUCAUCACCAAGCAGGGCAGGCGAAUGUUCCCGUUUCUGAGUUUUAACAUAGCAGGUCUGAACCUGACCGCGCACUACAACGUGUUUGUGGAGGUGGCUCUAGCAGAUCCGAACCACUGGAGAUUUCAAGGCGGCAAGUGGGUCACCUGUGGGAAGGCGGACAACAGCAGCCAAGGAAACAAAGUGUACAUCCACCCAGAGUCCCCGAACACAGGGGCGCACUGGAUGAGACAAGAAAUUACUUUCAGCAAACUGAAACUCACCAACAACAAAGGCACAAAUCAGAGCAUAUCACAGAUGAUCGUCUUGCAGUCCUUACACAAGUAUCAGCCGAGGCUACACAUCGUGGAGGUGACUGAAGAGAGUGUGGAGGACAUCAACUCUGAUGCAAAGACUCAGAGCUUCAUCUUUCCAGAGACUCAAUUCAUAGCAGUCACUGCUUAUCAGAAUACUGAUAUUACACAGCUGAAAAUAGACCACAACCCUUUUGCCAAAGGUUUCAGAGAUAAUUAUGAUUCGAUGUACACAGCGCCAGAGAAUGACCGCCUCACCCCUUCCCCAACCGACUCCCCUCGUGCCCCUCAGAUUGUCCCUAGUGCCCGCUACACCAUGCAACCCCUCUUACAGGACCAGUUUGUCAACAGCUUUACCCCAAACCAUUUCUACAACAGUGAGCGAGCCGUGCCUCAAACUGGCAGCCUUCUCUCACCUCAGUCAGAAGACGGAGCUUCUCAGCGAUGGUUUGUCACCUCUGUGCAACAUGGGAAUGGCAACAGCACCAGCCACAAGUUGGACCUUACACCAUAUGAGGGGGAUUACUCCAACAACUUGUUACCUUAUGGUAUCAAAUCAUUUUCCAUGCAAACAUCACACGGUCUAAGCUACUACUCAGACUCUCCUUUCAACAACAUGCCAGCUGGGUGGAGCUCCAGGGCAGCCUACCAGAGAAAGGUGAGUCCAAGUCUGCCUUGGUCACCGAGGCCCAGUCCCACUGCUGCUUUCCCUGAAGACUCUGAAAAGGUGAAGGUACAGCUAGAUGAUGAUGGGAACAGUAAUGGCCUGAUAUCUUCCUGGGUAGAAACACAGCCAUCUUCUCUUUCUCUUGACAAGACUAAUUCCUAUACAUCAGCCUGCAAGCGAAGGCGUUUGUCUCUUAAUGGGCCUAGUACAGAUGACUCACCUGCUGACAUAAAAUGUGAGGACAUAGUCUCUGUUGCCAAUGGCUCUUAUAGCAAAGAAACACCUUCAUCCAAAGGAAUGGCUGCUUACUAUUCCUUUUACACAAGUUGUUAAGAAUCUAGUCACACAUACAUCCGCACACCCUAUUUGUGUCUACUGCGAUCAAUGUUUUCUGUGUUUAUGAUGGCAAUUGCAAUGUCAAAUACAUAUUAUUUAUUCAUUCUAAUUGAAAGUAAAGAUACAGAGUUAUGACUCAAAGUGAAAGAUGUCUGUACUUUUUCCUGCGUUAUUCUACCAUCCCAUGACUUGAUUGACUAGAUGUUUUUGGGCUAUUUUUUUUCUUUUUUAAUUUAGCUCAAUGUAUUUAGCAACUGUCAGAAAGUUUAAUUCUACAUACAUUACAGAAUUUGCCUUUGCACUGAGCUUUCCUGUUUACAGAUUAUUUCCUGAAGGCCAGUAUAAAACUAACGCACUGUCAAAUGUUGCAUACACCAAUACUGUGAUUGCAAUGUACAAAUGAUUGUUAUUAAAAAGCAUUUUUCCUUAA